CUCGUAUUUGGCUCCGUUUCGUUUGUGUGCAUGAAAUUGGUUAUUCACUUUGCCUGCCCAAACGUAUUUCUCGUUUUGCCCGAAAAUGAUAUGAUGGCCCGCCGCGAUACAGUUGUUGUAGUGGGGGAGUCUUCAGGCUGAUUUUCCCCGACCUUGUUGUUGCUAUUUUUCCAAUUUUCCUUUUCGCUCGAGCAAAUCCUUGCACAGUCGGAUGUAUUGCCGAUGUGUGCAUUCCUUCCAUUUCGUACUCUACACCUGGUGAGACGACGAAGAUACGCGCGGUUCUGUGCCACUUUGCACUCCUCCAGUUUUUUUAAGGACUACUAACUACUAACUAUGCUCUACUACCAUUCCCGUUUCAUUUCUCUCCUUUUGUAACGAAUAGAAAAGUUUUUCUACUUCUCAACUGGAUUUCCUCGACUUAAAGUUUUGAAACGUAGAAAACUCCUUGAUUUUUGUAGAAAUUCCAAGUAGCGCCUGUGGAAAACUUCGCACGGCAUUCAUAACCGUCCGCACCAGAUUCGGUUCGAGCUUACCUUUCGGGGGUGUUUUCUCUGUUUGUGAUUCGAGUAUUUAAGGACGUUUGCGAAAUUUUCCGGUCUAAUGUCGUGACGAGUGAAUGACUCAGUGAGUCGGUGAAUCAGUAAUAUUAAUUGUGAGUGGGGUUACGUGCGAAAGAUUUCAUAUGAGAGUGAAGUGAAAAUAGCGUGAUGCUAGUGAAUCGGUCUAGGUGCUCCGGGGGAGGGGACGCGGGCGUGUUUCGAGCAGAUGAGCAGAUUGCUUUUCACGGAAUUUCGCUGGAAUUCUGAAUGUUUUCGUGCCGAUUCUGCAUGUUUUCUUACUAAUUCACGGGACAAGAGUUCAACAAGGCAGGGUUUGAGUGAUAACGAAUGAUUAUCCUGCUAUUGUCGUAGUGGUGCAGUUGCAACAGCUUCCGGGCGUUCGACAAGUUGCUGCACUCAACAGUGGUGCAUGAUCUCCGGCAAAGUAAUCAAUGAAAGGAUACCACUGCACACUCUUCUGAAGGAAACAGAAACGCGAGGAAUCUCCCCUCAAUUCCAAACCAUACGAAGAGCAGCCUAAAAAGUGCUGAAUCGUAUCCUGUUUAGUUUUGAGUGAUAACUUGAAUGUUUUCCGCAAAACCUAACCAUUGAAACUUGUAUAUCUGAAGUGUCCGUUUUUCAUAACAAUCAGAUGGUAUCAUGUGCUACGUUCCCUAGUGCUUGCUUCGAAAACUCCCUUCAAAUUCUCUCAUAAAGUACGAAAGUGCCGUCGAACAUUCAUCACAAACGGAUAUACCCAGUUAUUUUUCCCAACUUAUCCUGCGGAGACUUUAAAGUGGAAUUGUGACGAGGAUCCCGACAAGACAUAGAGAUGCAUCGCAUAUACAAGAACCCCAGUCUGAACAAAGUGAACGCUCAUUAUAACAAAAACGUGCAAAAAUUAAAAUGAAUCCAAACAUCCGGAUAAUGUUAACAACGACCAAGAAAAAAUUCCAGAGCGUCUCCCAUAAUUACGACGAACAUUUGGCCAUAAUGUCCUUUGGUAAAAUAUGAAAACAUAAAGAACAACGCCUAAUCGUCGUUUCCCUCGAAAAACACUACACACUCUCAUGUAUUUUGCUUUUUGUUCUUUAAAUUUUGCGCUAUGUAAAUUGCCAAGGAUGCGUCUUAUAAUGAACUCCUCCAGAAGGGAAUCGUCCUGAAGGGGCGCCGCGGCCCUUUUGCUUUAUGUAACAUUUCCUACGUCUGUUUUUCCGUAUUCUGUCUCAUACCUUUAUACACACAUCCAUACACUUCUACACAAAGGGAGAGAGGACAGGAAGGAAAGCACAGAAAAAAUGAAAAGAGUCCUUAGAAUAAAUUUGUGCGCAUAUUGUGUUUAGGGUAUCGUUAUUGCUAUUAAACGCUGUAAACACACACCAGACUAUGAUAAUAUACUCACCAUAAUAAUAGGGUCUGAUAUGAUACGAGUACACAAAUAAACAAGCACAAGCCCAAGCCCAAGCCCAAGGAGCAAUGUGUACAAUCUAAGGAAGGACGAAACUGUAAUUUCUAAGCUCUAUCUGUUUUCUAUGUGUGUACACCUAGGAUCAAUACUAGAAUUAUGUAAUUCUACGCUGCUGUUGUCGAUGUGAUUUAUCUGUGUGGAAAUUUUAAUGUGCGCUACUACAACCAUAACUUAAUAUAAAUCGCGUUCCUGUAACUGUCCGUCAAAAACGCACGUAAUUCUCAUAAAAACUACAUUCCCCCAAAAAAACUUUCUCUACACAACAAAAGAGAAAAUCCACUCAUAUAAAAACAUAACUUUAUUGUAAGCAAUGAAAUCGAAAUCAAGUAGCUUUUGAAACUAUUAAAACAAAACUACAAACUGAAGUAGAUAAAAGAUAAAUCACAAACACCCUCACAAUCGCUUCCACUUGAAAUUUUUGAUGCGCAAGAAUAGAAUAGAAUUGAAUUUGUUAAUAAAAUAGCAUUUUUAUUCGAGAAAAAAAAGAUAAAAGAGAACAUUUUUAAUGUAAAAAUCCCUAAGUGUCUUAAUUAUAGCGAAAAAAAUGCAGAAUGCAUGAAAAGAUGCAACACAGUAAGCUAUAGAUAACAUUUUUUAUAUGUGAGGAGUCGGAGAACAAGGAGAAAUAUUAUCAUUGUUUAUUGCCAUGAAUGAAAUGGGUCUUAGGAAUUAUUAAACGUAUUAAGUGCUAACUAAACCAAAGAAGAAUUGCUGUAAAUUCCUUAUGAACGCAUGUUGAUUUGUAUUUUUGAUGAAGGAAAACGGACUAAACCGAACAUUUUUAUAAACAAAGCUGUCAUGAUUGAUCAUUUGCCACAAGGAAGAAAACACAAAAUAUAACAAGAGACAAUACAAAACCCAGUUUAUAUGCACAUUACUGAUAAGAAUCAAAACCAGAUUAAUAAACCGUUGAAUAGAUUUUUAAAGAUAUUACUAAUUUAUAUACGUUGUUGUUAGCUAAAGUUAACUAAUUUGAUAUAAUUUUAUCCAAAAAGAUAGUAUUUUUAUGGGAUAGAAUAAUAUGAAAAAUAGUUUUGUUAUCAACGUAAUUUUUAUAAGAAACGCAAGUGGAGGAUUGUUGAUGAACAACAAUUUCUGAAUAAGUUAGUUAUUGUACCAAACAAACAAUCCAUUCUCAACCCCUUCCUAGUUUAGUCCUUUGCAAUCCGCUUUACCUACCACAAUUUUCCUUUCUCUCUCAAGUGCAGUAGAUUUAUCUGAAACAAAAGGAUUUCAUUUCUUUUGGUUCUAUUCCACAUUCGAAACUUAAAUUCAAGCUCACAAGCAUCUACACAACUAAAUCAAUCCAAUGGUAGUACAACAACUAAAGAUUGUCGAGAAUCAAAUUUCAUGGGGCAAGCAACCAACCCUGGAAACAAUAUCGCAGCGAUUGAGUUCGACUAGUCAAAACUUUGGGUUGAAAAAGCAGGUUGACAACUUGAAAACGGCAUUCUCCGAUAUAUCACUUCGAAACUUAUAUACAGGGAAAUAUUUAUAUAGAUGAAGAACUAAAGAUGAAAUCUAAAUAACCAACAACUAAAAAGUUUCAUCCGAGAAUUCACCAACGAGUAUAACACAACAAUCACACAAUGACAAUUCAAGUUACAUUAAUUUUCUAAAAUCAACCAGAAUCUAAAAUCAACAAAAAAAAAUCUAAAAUCUAUUCUUCUAGACUUGCUAACGAAUCACUUAGAAACCAACUGAAAUUGUAGCUUAAGAAGUUCUACUGGAACGAAAAAACCCACCAAUCGUAAAGCACAAACAAAAAAAAAAGAUAUUUGAAAAUUUAUAGACAAGAGGUCGUCCUCACAUUGCAAACUUUGAUAAGUAUCUACUUUCUCAACAAUGACUAUCGAAGGGUUUGCGAUAUUGUCUGACUUUUAUAGUGAAUCUUUCUUCUAUUCGUUCUAGAUGCAAAAAAAAUAUACAAUCGUUGGUGAAGCCAGGACAAUGAUAUAAGAGUUUGUGAAGGAAUUUUUCGGUAGAGAAUCUUUGCCGACUGAAUCUUUAUGUUCUGCCUAACGGGACAGGAAGAUAAUACAAUCUAGCAAUCGAAACUACCUAUAUCAGUUUUACUAAUCCCUGUCUUGCUUGGGUACUUUGUGCUGCACUUUUUAACUUGAUAGACAUUGAACGAAUAUUGUAGACUUUUCUAAACUCAGUAAAGUGAUAAAAGCAAUUUUAUACGACUUCAUUCUACUGCGCUUAAUUUUCCUUUAAAUUUUUACCUUUCCCAUAAUCCUACACUUUCAUCAAUUACACUUAACUCAAUCACACAAACACGUUACGCUGUGUUACUGUUGUUGAAUAAUGUAUGCGGCUGCAGGUGGUGCAUCACUUGCAUCACGUCAGGCUCGACAGCGGCAACGACAGCAGUACAACAAGAACAAGGCCCUUCUUCAGCAACAAAAACUAGCACAACAAAAAGCAGGUGGAGCAGCGACACCGACACGACAGCAACAGAGUCGUCAAUUUCAUCAACUGCCAGCUUCUUAUUUACGCACACCGCAAUCGCAAGGGCGAAAACUCAGCGCAGGAUAUGCCACACAAAGCAAACUUCUACUGCCGAUUGUUGAAGGCAACAAUCAACAACAAUCCUUACAUCAACCCCAUCAUCAACAAUUCGAGUCAUACACCCGACCCAUCUCGCCUCGACCCUCCAUACGUCCAGAUCACCCUAGCUAUCAACAACUUCACAAAUCUGCGACAGCCACUCUACCACUCAACUCACAGGCUGAAGCCACUCCACCUGCUACCCCUCUUGCUCCCGGAAAGCCAGGUGGUCCGAAGGGUGCCCCGCAAUUCGGACCCUACACACAUGCCCUACCGGUACCGCAGGAUGCAAUCAUUGUCACCCCCGCCACUCCACUUACAUCGCCAGGACAUCGGAAAACUGAGGAUCAGGAAGAGGUGGAUGAGGCGGGUGGACAGCUGGAACGGAAAUGCAGCUUCUACAGGGUACGAAGGACUAAUGCAUUCGAACACGAUGCAACAACGCCGACUGGAGGAGGGUACGGGGCUGGAUUGACCGUGACUACGGCUCAGGUCGAUGUGGAAGAAGAGGUUUGCUAUGGACUUCCAAAUGGCGUGAGCAGUCACAAAUGGGCGCAAUCGGUAUAUUAUUGCGCCUAUUGUGAGGAUGGAUCGUAUUGUGAACACAUCGAGUGCGCACAAGGACGAGCAGCAUGGCUAGAACGUGGACGACGAUGUAGUGUUCAAAAUAAUAAUCCUGCUUCCUGCCAUCGACGAUGGGUGAAACGAAAUCGAAUUCAAGAUUCAUCACUUGGUGGCUCAUCAGAUGACGAAGACUUAUUAGGUGUAUUAAGAGGCCCUAGUUCAUUUGCAAAUGCCUUCCUAUAUGUUGGCUUAGGUACCGUAGCAAUUGGUUUAGUUAUAGCAUUCGUUGGAACCGGCGAGAAAGGGUUCAAAACUGUUGAAUUAAGACUUAUAGGACCUUCGUUAAUAGGUUUAGGUUUAAUUUGUUGUAUUCUACGAAUAUGCUUUUGUAUAUGUCCGUCAAGUUGUUUAUCAAAAAAUAAAAAAUCUAGGAAAAAAGAUAUAAAUAAGAUCGAUGCCGAUCAUACAACUUCCUUAUUACGUGGCGAAAGUAAGCGUGUAUCAAUAGCAACAAAAGGUUCUAGAAAUAAAUUUCCAUUAGGUGGUAAAUCACGAGCUAAUAGUAAAAUGUUAAAUGAAGGAAUGGAGGCACUACGACAAAUAGCAACGACUUCACUAUUUUUACAAAACGAACCGAAACCCCCAACAAAUCGUAUUGUUCCUAUUAUUAAAGAGCCCGAAAAGCAAGCUGAAGCACCACUCGAAAUGCGUAAGCUCGAAACAAUCCUUAACAUCAGUGAUGUUACCGACGACGAAGAUGAAGACGAAGCAGCUGCCACAACAUCUAGUUAUCAGAAUCAAAGCGAAUCACUAGUUAAGUCUGAAAGUAAGCUAGCAAGACAACGUCUCCCCACUCAUCAGGGCCAAACUCAACCGAAAUGUCAAGAGAAACCAUCGAAAGCGAAUCCGGACAACCUUCAAAUGGAGACAUCUCUAAUGGUGGUGAAUCCCACCCCGUCAACAUCAACUGGGAAAUCAUCAUCACUUUCACCACAACCGUGUACAUCGCGUGUUGCUCUUGAUUUACCGCUAGAAAAACGCCAAUUUUUACCACCCCAAGUACCAUUAGUUCAUACACCGCCACUCGGUACAAGUAGUGCUCCGGUGCCCUACGCACGUCCUGGCCCAUCAUCGUCAACAAGAAGUCCACCAUCCACGUCUGCCACAUCGUCAUCUGGAUCACAUUCAGCUCCAGUAGCCGGUCAUUCUAGGAAUUUAACAAUUAAUAGUAAUAUUAAAACAGCAACAACAACUAAUACUACACACACCACUAUCGUCGAACCUGAACUAGUUUUAAGUCCUGCGAAACUCGGACAAUAGCAUGAGGUUAUGAUGUAGAUUUUUUCCGUUGAGUUUCCUUUCAGUUCCGAAUUCAACAUAGAAGAGAGAAUAUUUUUGAAUAGCAAAUGGCAAAUUAUUUAUGUAAUCGUAGAGUUUAUGUAAAAAGCAAGUGGAGCUUUAUGAGUACCAUGUUCCUUGGAUAGAAGGAUGUUGAGUUGAUCGUGGCAAGUUUAACGGAGAAUCUGCUGCGUUUUCAAAGAUAUUUGACUCCUUUUUUUCUCAAUAAAAAUAUGGUUAAGUGCUACUGACGUAAGGAAUAGCUUUCCCGGAUUUUCGUGUAACCACAAAGCGAGAAAAAAUUUAGAGCCGAUUCCAGGAUAUCUGUAUAUUUUUGUCUACAUAGUCCAAAAAACCCCUGGCUCCUGUUUGACCUGGGUUUCUUUUAAGUAUUUUCUGAUACCAUCAAUCAUUUAAAUCGAAAACAUAAACAAAAACACGCCAUGCAUCCCCUACCAUGCCAAAUCAUUACCUUAUCAAUCCAUAUCGGUCAAUUUAAUCACAUCAAUUUGGCACUAAAACUACAGUUACAGAAAUAAUUAUAGUCCUUACCGUAUACCCUUCGUCAUUUAAAUAAUCACCACAAUUAUAACGUGACUUGUAUAGCGCAAGAUAUCGUUGGCAUUUUUUUCAUGAAAUUGCUGAAGGUAACAUCCUACUGUAGUCCUUGCUCCACCACAACCCCGCGGCCAAUCACUCCACCACAUUCUUUGGGGCCAGAACCAGAUGGCGGGUAAUUAAUGCAGUAGAACCCCUCAAGUGGUGGCGCGACAAAACGUAGUCACCGUGGUGGCUAGUAAAAGUAAUAGUAAACUCCGGACAAUACACAGGAAGGACUUACGUGUCUGAAGGAAAUUACGAAUGACAUGGAAAAAUACAAAUGGAAUUGCACAGAAAUUUCCUUCAAUGCUCAACUCUUAUGACAACUCGCACUUGGGGUAGGAACAAUGACCGCCUCCAGGGAAGAUUAAUGGAUUUCGAAAUGAAUCAGGAAUUGAGUUGUUCUCUGAUUUGUAGUCGUAUGUGGAGUUUAGAAAGGAAUUUUGUUGCUUUUCUUCUUCUGACUAUUCAAGACGAAUGUUUCAAAAAAGGACGAAAGACCGUCUUCACUGGGAAUGAAUUUAACUAACAAAACAGGCACAGAGUGUUGGACUCUCGCAAGAGUUCGCCCUCGGACUACCAACUAAACACCUCUUUGUCAUCAGAGAACUUGCCUGGAACCGUUUGACACAUUAUUUCGGGCUAGUCCCUUCGCUCUCCCAGUUUUGGGAGCCUCCAUGUCAGGGAAUCCUUCCCCAAACGGGAGGGUAGGUGAGCAAGGGAACUGUUAGUUCAGGGAACCCCUUGCCAUCCGGCCCCUCCGCCGGUCGAGUUCAAUCCAUAAUAAGAAGAGCCCGAAUAUAAUGCGCAAGACAACUCCAGCCACCAGCGUUCUUCAGCAUCUCUCUGACAAUGUUCUCUGGAGAGAGUUUGGGAAAUAAGUUGUUGCCAAUCAAAAAUAAAAACUUCGGAAACUUUGGAGAUAUUGAUAUUUGACGACGACCUAGAUCCAAUCGACGUCGCCAAAGAGCUUUUGGAGGAGGAGACGAUCGACGAUCCGACAAGGACUGCCUGACAUUAUGGAGAGAAAGCCUUUCUUUAAGUUCCAGCAUGCCUACCUCAAGGGCAAAUCCACAGAAACCGCUCUCCACGAGGUAAUUGGCAUGGUUGAGUAGUCACUGGAGUACAAACAGUAUAGCCUAGCUGCCUACUUAGAUAUGGAGGGAGCAUUUAACAACGUUAGUAACAACGUUAUCAAGGAAGCCUUCACCAGUAUUGGAUUGGAGGGGUAUCUUACACAAUGGAUUACGUGUACGCGUAGGAUAAUCCAGUCGGAUCUAGGAGGCAACCACUUACCAGAGCUGUGAACGCCACUGGGUGGCGCUAUCUCACCGAUGCUCUGGUUAACAGUCAGGGUUGUUUCCGUCCAUUAUGAGCGACAUUAUGGAAGGAGCGUUGCGAAUGGUGUGCCUAUGAGCCGCAAGAUGCCCUCGGCAUAAAUCCAACCAAUACGCAACUGAUGUUAUUCACCACCAAGACAAGGAUACCUGAAUUCCAUCUACCACGGCUGAAUGAACAAAGAUUGGUUCUUUCCUCUAGUGUAAAGUAUC